AUGGUCAAGAAUCAGGCUCUUGGCAAAAACCAAAAAAUCAAAAUUGAUCCCUUGGAUGUCACCAGAAGUCUCGGAUAUCAAACUCACAGAUUAAAAGCCCGAAAGCCUUGGAGCAAGGAAGAAGACGAUCUGCUAAAAAGCUGUGUUAACAAACUUCUGGUGCGGUUUGGGUUUGAAAAUGGUAUCGACUCGAUGAAAACCAUCGAGCAAUCUAACGACGUAUGCAAGAAUAUGCCAUGGGAUGAGAUUGCUACUCAUUUCGAUAGAACAGUACGGAAACCAAAGGAUAUCAGAAAACGAUGGGUUAGCUCUCUAGAUCCUAACUUGCGCAAGGGAAAAUGGACUGUGAAAGAGGACGAGCUUUUGAUGAGAUCAUUUGCCCAGUGGGGGCCUCACUGGCUUAAAGUAUCAUCUGAAAUACCAGGAAGGACAGAAGACCAAUGUGCAAAACGGUACAUCGAGGUUUUGGACCCAAGCACCAAAGACAGACUGCGAGACUGGAGACUAGAGGAGGACUUGGCUCUCAUCAGUAAGGUCAAACUUUACGGGACCAGUUGGCGUAAAAUUUCGCUUGAAAUGGAGUCGCGUCCAAGUCUUACAUGUCGCAAUAGAUGGCGAAAGAUUAUAACUAUGAUAAUGCGUGGAAAAGCGUCUGAAGAAAUCACCAAAGCGGUCCAAGGGACAUCUCAAAGUGAACCGCAUCAAUCGUUAGAUGAGCUAAGGGAGAGUCUACGUGCUAAACUGGAGGAGAUGAAAGACGAGCAAUUGCCUCCAGACGGCGAAAAUUUGAAGGACACCAACGGCUGUCCUCAGGAUCCGGAAAAGCCAUUGAAACUGGCGCAUCAUAUCUCUUCAAAUGACUCUUCGUCAAGUUCACAAUCUGAGUCAGAAUCUCCAGAGAAAGAAGACUGGCCAACGCAUAGCACAACAUCAAAACCCCAACAAGAUUCUAACAAAAUGGGGCCUUCAUACGAACAAGAGGGCUUGAGCCCACUUCAUGCAGAUCCAUCAAAAUUUCCCGAACGACCGCAAGCCGGACUUUCAAGAGACAAUGUCGCCCAGCCUACCUCUUCGUACGUAACAGGCGAACUGCAGCAACAACAAAUACUGCCAGAGCGAAGGACAGGUCCAGCACAAAUGCCACAAGAAUUGCCGGCGGCAGAUCAAAAAGCCAAAAAGACUGUCACAAAUAAGAGAAAAGCACCAUCGUCACGAAUGGAUUGGGGCUUUACUCUUACUGAUGAGAUGGGUGGGCCAGUAUCUGGUGGCUUGAUCGCAAACUCCGAACUUGUCCAGGAACUGAUACAACAGGCGCGGCGUCACUCGCUGACAAUAUCCAUCCAUCAACAUAUACACAAUAAUUUUGGAUCCGGCCAUCAUCCAUUGAACACUACAGGCUUUCCAUUCACCGAUGAACUACUCGGCGGUAUGCCACCAUAUGGUCUCGGUGAUGAGAGGGCUCAAAAGCAGCACAAUGCACGCCCUUUCGAAACUGAUUUUCUCGGAAGGUCGCCCAACUUUUCAGGUCUUGUUCUUGACCAAGAGUCGGAUCCGUUAGCGAUCGGUCACCAUUCGUCUCAACAAUACCCUGUUCUUUCGGGCUACACCCAGAAGCCCGGAAAUGGGAGCUCAAUUGGGUCGCGAUCCACACCUGGAGCAGAAUUGGAGGAAAUUCCGCCACACAGACAAUAUCAUUUCAAUUAUCUUUCGCCUACACUGAAACCACAUCUGAGUUCUUCUUCGCUUGCUAAAAGUCGCGGUAUGUUAAGGCCGGCGAGCGACAGUCCCUCGUCUCCACAACACAGAAACAAGAUUCGCAAGAAAAGAAGGGGGUUGUUGUCGGAGGAAAGCACCCCGAUGGAUCGCUUUGCCUCUGGAGGUGCGACACCAAAGGAUGUGGACGGCUCAAACAAUUUUGGAUAUCGGGAAAAGACAAAGACCGUAGGAACAAGCAAUACAAUGUCCAGUAUGCUGGAGGAGGAAGAUCUGGAUUUCUGGGAAAGCCUGCGUUCGCUUGCAGCCGUUCCGGCUGCGAACUCACACAACUCUGGACGUGAAGGCCCGCUUGACGAGUACGAUUACCUCUACAACUUUUACGAAGAACAGGCCGGUUCGUCGCGGAGAAGCACUGGCAAAAGUCCCCAGAUGCCGAAAGCGUCUGAAUCAUCAGCAUCGCACAGUAACUAUACAAACAAUCCUGAGUCGGUACACAGGGGCUUGCCUUUCAAUCCUAGUUGA